UUCAAUAGUAAGCCAUGAGUUCAAAGCAAACAUGUCCUUCCACACAUAAUCAAUCACAUGAAACUCCUUUGAGUAACCAAAAUUCAACCAAAAAGUGUUGUGUUUGAAUUAGCAUUAGCAUGCUCAUAAUCUGCUUCUGUAGAAUCUCUUAAAAAGCACCUUACAAUUUGCUUAUUCUCAAUGGCUUCUUUUCUUUCCUUAUCUCUUCCCAAACUAAACUUAAUAAAAGCCUCUUCAGCUACUACAACUUCAACACCUCUUUCAACUCCCGAGGCACUCAAUGAGAAAUUUGGAAGAAAAGGAAUCAAAUUCUCGGAGUCCAAUAGCAUUCCCAUUGUUGAGUUGACAGUUAGAAAUGGAAGCUCUUUGAGCCUAAGAUUACCUGAUGCUCAUGUAACAUCUUACAAACCAAAAGUGUUUUGGAAAGACGAUGGAUUCGAGGAAUUUCUUUACACAAUUCCUGCUACUGAAACAGGUCUUUAUAAAGCUAAAGGUGGAAUUGGUUUGGUCUUGAAUGAAGUGUUACAACCUGGUGCAAAAGAGUUGCUUCCUUCUACGCUAGAAUGGACCGUAAAAGAUGUUGAUUAUGAUGCCAUUGAUGCUCUCCAGGUUGAAUUGAUAAGCACAAAUAAAUUUUUUGACAUGACCUAUAUUGUGUCGCUCUAUCCUGUGAGUAUGGCAACAGCGGUUAUAGUUAAGAACAAAGCUCCGAAGCCCGUUACUCUAACGAAUGCUAUACUAAGCCAUUUUCAAUUUAAGAGAAGAGGUGGUGCUGCUAUUAAAGGUCUUCAAGCUUGCUCAUACUGCACACAUCCUCCUCUUGCUUCGCCUUUUCAAAUCUUGAGUCCGUCGGAAGCAAUGAAAUCUGAGCCUACUAGAUUCAUUUCAUUUGGUGCCGAGCCUGAAUUGAAGCCUGGUUCAUGGACUCAACAGGGUGUUCCUAAUACUCUCCUUGAGAAUAAGAUGAGUAGAGUUUUUGCUGCACCUCCAGAAGAAAGAUCAAAGGCGUUUUAUAACACACCACCUUCAAAAUAUGAAAUCAUUGACCAGGGACGUGAGAUUUUCUACAGGGUGAUAAGAAUGGGAUUUGAGGAUACUUAUGUUUCAAGUCCUGGUUCGAUGUCAGAGAAAUAUGGAAAGGACUAUUUUGUAUGCACUGGUCCUGCUUCAAUGUUGGUGCCUGUGACUGUGAAUCCUGGUGAAGAAUGGAGAGGAGCACAAGUUAUUGAGCAUGAUAAUCUCUCAUAAUCACAUAAAUUAACAAAUAUUAGUUUACAUGAUUUUUGAAACAUUUCCUUUCCUAUCUCCCUUUGUUUCUCUCUGCAUUGUUCUUCCUAUGUAUAUUUGUUUAGUUGAUUUAUGUCCCUAUAGUACACUACUAUCAAUAAAAUAUAUUACAUAAUCUUUGCAGAA